AUGCGUCUCGCCGGCAGUGAAAGAGCCUUCUGUGGUCCGCGUUGCUUUCUACUGGAGAUCGGCUCUGGAUUUACUGAGACCGCUCGAGAGACCAUCAAGUGUCGAAUUGGUGACGACGGACCUGGAAAUGCUGUUGUUUGGACGUCAACUACCCAGAUUUUAUGCUCUGCGCCUUACCUGGAUGCUGGAAUUUACAACGUCUACGUCGCUCUAAACGGAGUGAACUUUGUGAACGAUGGCGUGAAGAUAUUGUUCCGAGAAGAGUUCGUUGUGUACAGUAUUUCACCCGCGUUUGGUGUUCUGGGAGGGGGUACGAGAGUGCAAGUGCUGGGCGCAAACUUCCAUGGUGACACCAAUGCAACAGACCUGGUCUGUACUUUUGGGGGUCAAGCUUCUCCUCUUCACGUGAUAAAUGCAAGUCUUGCUGAGUGUGUCACUCCAAGUCAGCUACAACCCAAUUCAGUGUCUUUCUCGAUUGCCCGUUUGGCAGACGUUAAGCCCCAGUACGAAACGCUGGGAGGAUUAAACUUCUACUACCACAAGACCCCAACCAUAACGAAGAUUCUACCAUCAAUGAUUCGAGCCACAAACGCCUCCACUCUUCGUCUCAUUGGCUCCAACUUCAUCGAUUCUUCUCUGCUUUCGUGCUUGAUUGGAGGCGUCCCAGUACCCUCAAGGUUCAUAACGUCUAGUAUCAUUGAGUGCUUACUAGAUGAAGUGCCCAAUGGUACGUGGCCUCCUGAAAGCACAAUGAGUGUUGAGGUGUCCAAUAAUGGCCAAGACGUGUCGAAUACGGAGCUCCAAAUCCUGGUCCAUGCCCCCAUCCAACUAGCUCGCUUGGAGCCGUCAAAAGGUCCAAUUCGCAGGUCUGUAACUGUGAAAAUACUCGGUAAAAACAUCUUGUCGCAGUACCAAAACCUCAACUGCCACGUCGGAGAAGCGCACGUCGUGGCUGCUACAAACCUCGGCGAUGGGUGGAUCGAAUGUACCUUGCCGCCUUCUCCACGCGCUGGCAGUGUGCAGAUUUCUGCAUCGGUUGAUGGCGUUUUCUAUGGGUCAGAGUGGCUACGUUUCGCGUACGAAGAUGCGCCUGUCGUGUACUCAAUCUACCCUACUUCCGGUCCAUUCCGAGGUGGCACUAUGGCUACAGUCACUGGCGAAGGAUUUGAGGUUUCUGGAGGGCUCUAUUGCGUCUUUGGGUCCUCAGUUGUCGAAGCUCACGUGAAAUCUACUCAAGCUGCGGAUUGCGUCUCCCCCGCGCACGUUUCUGGCUCUGAUCAAGUUGUUAGUGUGACUGUAGUCAAGGCUGAUGCUCUGACAGCCCCCACUCUGGAUACUCGCGACUCUCUUGUAUCUUUUGCGUACGUGAAGCUGCCGCAAGUGCUCGAGGUCUCUCCGUCCGUCGUAUUCUCUGGAGACCGACCGCUUGUGACGCUCCAAAUAGCAGGAACUGGUUCCUCCUCCCCCGCCUGGUGUAAGUUCGGGAGUGUGAGUGUUAAAGCUGAGUCUGUUGACUCAGCAGUGAAAUGUCGAGCUCCGAUCCUUCGCACAGGCCGGUACUUUGUCGAAGUGUCAACGAAUGAGCGCGAUUUUAGUGAUUCUCGUAUUGGGUUUACAGUGGACCCACGAGCUGCGAUCACGAAGCUCAGCCCCACGUACGGCUCGCCAACAGGAGGCAACAUUGUAACAAUUUCAGGAUCAGACUUCAACUCGAGCACUCACUUGGAAUGUUCCUUUGCUGAAACCAAAGUGCCGGCUAUUGUGCGUUCGACGGACAAACUAGAGUGUGUAGCUCCUCUGCGAAAAGCCAGGAGAGAAAUUCACAGGAUUUCCGUACGCUCUCGAGCUCCUCAAAACGAAGUUCAGCGUGUCAGUAUUGAGGGCUCGACGUUGUCAGGAUCCUUCCGGCUUGGCUUCAAUAGCGUUUUUACAGGAGAUCUCUCUGUUAGCAGCACUGCGGCGCAGCUUCAAGCCGCUCUCCCCACAAUUCUUAACGGGAGGACUGUGCUUGUUGUCUCGGUCGCGAGUAAACUUUCGUCGUGGGACGUGGACUUCUCGUCGAUUCGCGCUUCGAUUGACCUGCUUGUUAUUGAUCCCAAAAAGUUACUGGGGUCAAAUGUGGCUCCACGUGUUACUCGAAUUCAGACGGGAAUUCUCCCAGCUAUCGACUUUGGCCUUGUAACUUUGAGGUUUAACAAUACGCAGACGGAUGCGAUCAUGGCAAGCGCGAGUGGAAGUGACGUAGUAGCAGCUCUGUCGUCGCAAACCACAGCGAGUGCAAGAUCAGUGGCGGUGUCUACGCAGUCUCAAGUGAUAGGAGGUCAAGGAUAUGUUACACUGAUGUGGGAUGUAACACUUGAUGUCGCUGCGCACGCUCACGAGCACGCUGCGCUGUGUGAACUCCCUCUUAUCCACGCUGACGUGACGAAUGUCCUUGGCUCUGAGGUGGAAACGUGGACAGAGCGCGUGGAAUCUCCCUGUGUGCCAGUUACGCUUCUGGUAAAUGGGCAAAAUGUGGUCCAUGGUAACCUCAGUUACGCCUACCUUAAGGUCCCAGUGAUCGCGUCAGUGAGUCCUACGAUGGGUCCAGUAACUGGAGGUACCAAUGUUACACUAAAGGGUCAGGAUUUCGUAGCAGGGCCUCGUCUCGUGUGCGUCUUUGGCUCUCAAGAAGUGUCAGCCACUUUCGUAAAUGUUGCAACAGCGUGGUGCGUCACCCCGCCGCAGAAGCAGCCUACAACGAUGUAUGUCAGGCUCAAGGCUUUCAAUCCGGAUACGCCAGAAGCUGACUUUAUGUCGGAAUUUCUAGCGGUCUUCGAGUAUUAUCCGCAGCUCGAAUUCGCUUCAAUGUUCCCCAGUGAAGGUCCGUGUACAGGAGGCACGGAGUUGAAACUCAAUGUGUCCGGAGCGAGAGAUACGCCGUCACUCUCUUGUGCCUUCAAUAUUGAAAUGCCAAGUCGUCCUGCACCAGUUCGGGUGGUCGUUCCAGGCCAAUUCUACAGCGACGAGUACGUGGGCUGCAUCACUCCAUCGCUGCAAAGUUUUCUGCCAUCGUCAGGGGAUAAAUGGCUUCAGAACGCCACCGCGAUGGCUGAAGUGGGAGUUACAAACAACGGCGCAGACUUUAUCUCAGCAGCUAAGCGUUUUCUCUUCUCCCCAGUGGUGGAUGUUACCAGCGUGGCUCCAGUGGAUCUGAGGACACUAGAAGUUGCGUCGGCAAGACCAACGAGAGGCCCAAUUCGAGGUGGAACGCCAGUGCUUUUAACGCUUUCGACUGCAUUCCCGAGCUCAGUCGUGUUCUGUAGCUUUGGCUCUGAAGUUGUUCGAGGGACUGUGAAGACAAACAAAGUCAGGUGUGUGGCACCAAGAACGAGAACGGCAGGGACAGUCCGGCUGGCGAUUGGAGCCAACGGGCUCGAUUUUGAGGUUUUCGCAGCUGAUUUUGAGUAUUUCAAAGACGCCUCGCGAUCGUUGACCUUGACGCCACUCAAUGGCGUCAUUGGAGGCGGAACUCUGCUACACCUUUCAGGCGUUCCGUUCGAUAAAGAUGGCAGCUAUUCCUGCAAGAUCGGGGGUCUAGCAGUGCGAGCAGAGUACUCGAAUGAGACCCAUGUGGGCUGCAGGACGCCAGCAGUGACGAGGCCACAGCAAGUUUCUGUCAAGAUCUCCGACAACGCAGUCGACUAUUCCGAGUUCAACUUGUCGUUCGCGUACGUGGAGCCGCUUUUUGUUAGCAGGAUCUAUCCAGUAAGUGGGGACAUCGAGGGGGGUCAACUUGUGAACGUCGUUGGAGGGAACUUCACUGCAGGAGCGGAGACGAUCACGUGUCGGUUCGGAGACGCAGUGACAAACGCAUCCGUUCUUUCCGCUUCAACUGCGCAAUGUGCCGCUCCAAAGCUUCAGCCGAUUCGAGAUAUUCAAAGUGUAAAGGUAGCGACCGAACCUUUUAUCGCAGAAAUCCAGCGCGUCACAGUAGCGUCGUCGGUCUUACAGCCAACCGUUCAAGAGAUCACCACGUCGGGAGAUGUUCGAGUGCCGGAGAUCCAGAAAUUCACCGUAUCGGGCGACGUUGUGCACGAGAUACAGUCGAUUCGAGUGAGCUCGCAAGCUUUUUCGGGCGAGAUAUUCUCAUUUACGAGCUCUAUCUCGUCGCUGGUUAACGAAGUUCAGACGGUUGAACUGCGUGCUUCUUCGUUUAUUGGGGGGUCCUUCCGCUUAGUAUUGGAGAAGCAUCAAACGAGUACGUUGACCUCGUACGCUACGCCGCAGGAAGUGAAGGAUUCGCUGGAAACUCUCGACAAUAUUGGAAAAGUUGCCGUCAUGAAGACGACGCAAGGCUUGCUGGGGUCGUGCAUGUGGACGAUCGAGUUCCUGGACCGUGUUGGAGACGUACCGUUGCUGGAGGUGGUUAGCGUAUCCCUCGGUGACUCUGGCUCCCGCGAUCUCUUUAUCGGUGUCUCGGAGACUGUUAAAGGACAAGGAGCGCCUCUUUUCGGCUCAUUUACGCUUGUUGUUGAUGGUGCGAGCACUUCUCUUCUAAGUUACGAUGCGACGGAGGACGAGAUGAUGAAAGCACUUCAAGCUGUACCCACCUCGAGCGACGUAUUAAGCGUAACUCGAUCGGGUCCCUUCUUGAACAAUGCGUACGAGUGGAGAGUAACCUUUGCUGGGUUUCCAAGUCACGUUCGAAGUAUUGGGACAGAAUCGAGUGGGUUGGCUCAAGGGAGAGGACAAAUGAGUGUACAUCUGGUUUCAUCUGGGGCGAAAGGCGAGCAGCAGCAGAUCUCGACGACGUUAUCAAGUGGGAGUUUUAAAUGCAGCUUAGGUACGAGAGUGAGUGGCGACAUCGAGGCUAGCUCGACGGCAGGAGACUUCACCCAAGCAUUCGAUAGCGCCACAUUUGGUCGGGUUGACGUUACUGGUACUGCAGGAGGACCGUGGGCUGUCACGUUUGUGGAUUUGGCGGGGAAUCUGCCGCUUUUGUCGUGUGGUGCAGCGCAAACGGUGACGGAAGUGACACCCGGAAGUGGAAAUGGCUUAGCAGGGACGUUCAAACUUCAGUUGAGGGGAGAAUCGACGUCUCCUUUGAGCUUCGAUGCAACUGCUGCUGAAGUAGCAGUAGCAUUGAAAGGGCUUUCGAGUAUCGACGACGUUACAGUCUCUAGUCAACCUGGAGAUGCGAAUGGCGGUGGCGCUUGGUUUGUGACUUUUUCUGGCUCUGAUGGCGAUGUUCCGAUGCUGGAAGCACAAGAUGUGAACUUACAAGGGGAGUCACCUCUGGUUACUGUGGGGGAAAGCCAACGAGGGAGUCGAAUUAGUGGACUAGUCGCGUUUGCAUGGAAUAACACACUCUCAGUCAACUUCAUUGUCGAUGUGAGUGCAGUGGAUGUGGAGAAGGCCUUGUCAGCGAUGAUGGGGAUGGGGGAUACUGUUCACGUGGAUGUGUCUCGUGUUUCCCCGGGUUUUGGGAACUCGAUUCAGUGGGACAUCACCUUCAAGUCUCUGGACACUGCGACCGCGACACCGACGCUAUUGACUGUAGACACUCAGAAACUCACGGGUACGUCACCGACAGCAAACGUUCAACGAAUCCGUGCUGGAAAGCACAGUGAGAUUCAGAGCAUCUCGAUCUACAGAAGUUUAAUCGCCGCAACCGUGUCCUUCAACGUCGUAUGGAACGGUGUACGAAGUACAAUGGCUGGCUCUGCGACGAUGAGUGCUGCGGAGCUAAAGACUGUAUUGGCUACAAUCUCUGGUCUGGGUGCUGCAGUGGUGGAGCGAUAUCCUUCAGCUGUAGGCGUUGGCUUGGCGCAGAAGCUGUCGUCACUUCCUGGUUAUGCUGGGGCUACGGUCUCAUUAGGGCGAACAGUCCCGAAUUGGGAGUACGAGUGGACAGUCACGUUCCCACGCGCGUAUCUCGAUGUUCCUCUACUGGAACUUGACAAAUCUACCGUCGGAGGGUCCGCGGUGUACACGAAAACCACGAGAAUGCAGAAAGGUGUCGGCAUUGACGGCGUCAAAGUGGCCGUCGAGGUUUCGUCGAAUGGCCAGGACUAUUCUUCGGGUGGAAACGUGUAUCACUACACUCCAACGCCUGACGUGUACGCGCUUGAGCCGAAUCAUGGGCCUGUACAAGGAGGAACGGAGGUUGUCGUCACGGGUAUUAACUUCCAGAACACGAGUAGUCUACGCUGUAAAUUUGGCGAACGCGUCACAGCAGCCGCGACGUUCAUCAACUCGACGCAGUUCACGUGUGUAUCUCCUGGUGGCUUAAACGAAGGCGACGUGUACGUGGAGAUGACGAAUCAUGGCCUCUUUGGUGCGUCGACCUUCACAGUGAGUAGAAAAGUCUUCACGUACGAUCCAAAGAUGAAAGUCGACUCGGUUUUCCCUUCUUCAGGACCGACAUCGGGCAAUUUCUCGGUUCACAUCACAGGUGGACCUUUCAGGAAAUCCGACGCUGUACGCUGCAAGUUCUCUGAGAUUGUGGUGGUGGCCAGGUGGAUGAGCUACGAUGAGGUUCAGUGUAUGGCACCACCUCAUAGCUCUGGGGUUUUCACGCUGGCAUUGACUCGAAAUGGUCAGGACUAUGCGGAUACACUGACACCGUUUACGUACUACGAGGAGCAAGGCAUCCGCUCCAUUAUCCCCACUUUUGGUCCAGCACAUGCGGCUGGAACUCGAAUUGAUGUUGAUGGAGUGGCGUUCGUGAAUUCUUCCUUGCUAUCCUGUCGAUUCGGCUACGUCGUGACUCCCGGGGAGUACGUUAGUCCAACGAAAAUGCGCUGUACGACGCCACCGUUGCCUGCUCACAGUGGUGGCCUCAUGGCUGCGUCGCUGCCGGAGUAUCGGAACCAAUACGUCGAUCCGAAUGUUGGCAGCUUCUACUUGUUCCCGGACGCACACUAUUAUCCGCAGUAUUUUACGCGUUUAGUGUCGAUCGAAGUGUCCAACAACCAGCAGGAUUUCUCUCUCAGUGGGAUCAACUUUUUGUACUACCAGGACGAAACUCUGGAGGCCAUCGCUCCAGCUCAAGCGUUCGACAGUCACGAGCCUCUGUCAAUUUUUGCCUAUGGACGGAACUUCAUCAACACGACGGCGUUGACGUGUCGUCUUGGACUGCAGACCGUUCCGGCGACGUUCGUGACCUCCAAGUUGUUGCUGUGUGAGGUUUCCAACAAUGGGAGGGAUUUCACAACCAGCCACGUCGUAUUUGAGUUCCUAGGAGCUUGUCCGACCGGAUACUUCUGUCCGAAACAGCUUCAAGGUGCUAAAGGGAGAAUCCCGUGUCCUCGAGGGACUUACUGUCCGGGUGUAGCCAACUCGGCCUUCACUCUGUGUCCACGAGGAACGUACCAGCCCAAAACGGCGCAAGCUGCGUGUCUCCGCUGUCCAAUCGGGUAUCACUGUCCUCAUACCGCCGAGAAACCCACGACUCUGCGUCGUCAACGUAACAACGCUCCCCUGGCCAGUAUUCAAGCGCGGAAAAGCGGGUGUUGGCGUAACGAGACGGAAGACUUUGGGUUGCAGCUGAGUACUCGGCCUUCUCGGUUCUGGAUGGAGUUACAGCAGCUCCCGUUGUCUCCGGGCUCGUCGUUUGAAUCGCCAACGCGAGGUCGAUUCUGUCUCGACGAUUCGUGCGUGAAACUCGCAGACGCCGACAAUCUUCGCGUCGAGGAUCGGUUCUUUAACUACGACUCGACGGACUUUGCGCUGCGACGGCCAGUUGCUUGUCCUGCCGGGUCCUACUGCCACCCUGGAACUGCAGCCAGUGACUCGCUUAUGAAGAACUUUUCCACUGCUCAACCAUGUUUCGAGGCCAUGUAUUGUCCAGAGGGAAGUUCGAGUCCACGAGGCUUUGGAGAGUGCGCUCCAGGCUUCUACUGUCCGUUUGGCACGCGGAUUUCGUGUCCUGCAGGCUCGUACUGUCCUCAAACAGGUCACAUCUCGCCGUUGCCGUGCCCUCCUGGCGUCGUGGCUGACGAGGUUCGAGUGGGAGAUUAUCGCUAUCCGCAGAAUUGUACGGCCGGUUUCUACUGCGAGUUGGGGUCGUAUUCGCCCAAAGGUUCAGGUCUAUGUCCGCCUGGUUUCACGUGUCCAAGCGGGACGGCAGCUCCGAUUCCUACCUCGAAAGGCACGUUCGCUCAGCUGGAAGGAACCGUGUCUGCCGCUGCGUGUUCGCCGGGUUACUACGCACCGACGAUCGAGUCGACCGAGUGCGUGCCGUGUCCUUCAGGCACGUCGUGUGAGAACGACGGCACGGCCGUCGCCAGUAUCUGUCCGCCUGGUUCGUAUCGCGGUAGUUUGGCAGCCGAUGGCUUGGCCUGUCUGGCGUGUCCUCAAGGCACGUGGUCUAAGAACUGGGAGCUCCGUGGCGUCGAAGAAUGCAUCGAGUGUGCCCCCGGUACCGUGUGUCCUAUCGACGGCAUCUCGAACCCGUGUACGGUCGACGAUCUUCCGGACGUGUACACACCCGUGGCAGCCAAUUUGACCUUCGCGCAGUGUCUUGAACGUGGUUCAAACUACUUUUUCGGAGUUCUACUGGAGCCGUGGAUCGACGAGUUGGGACGAGGAGCUCAUUUCCUUCCUGACCGUGACAACGGACGCUGCUAUGAGAACUCAAAGCCUCGAGGUUCGGAUCUGUAUCAACGCUUUGCAGAUUUCCAUGGACCCAUCUACGAGAUCAGUACGGGAACAGGUAUUCCUCAUCAAGGCUACGGCUCCGACAGCCAAUAUCCUCCGCCAAACAUGUUUGCAAGGGGCUCGUUGGCCAUUGAUCUGCCUGUUUCGAGGGCGUACGACGUUGCACGCAACUGCACGCCAGGCUUUUUCUACAAGAAGCAGUGGUAUCCUGGCACGUGUGAGGCGGAUAUCUUUUGCUCUGCUGCGUUGUGGUCGAAAGUGUCGUCUGCAGAUGAACUAGUGGCACAGGCACAACCGUGUCCCGAAGGCUACGUAUGCGACGCAUCCACAACAGCUGAUACCGCGUUCUCGCACCUCUGUCCAGCGGGAUACAUCUGUGGAGCUGGUACGACACCUGAUCUCACACUCGAUGCCCCUCGCGGUCAGCUCCAAGAGCUCUGUCCAGCAGGAAAAUACUGCGUGGCCGGCACGGCAGAGUCGCAGAAGCAGCGAUACAAGUGUCCUGCUGGGUAUUUCUGCCCCACUGGCACUGCCAACCCGUUCUUCGGUGAGAUCGCGAACGAUGCGCUGCGUCGUCGACUCUCGAGUGAACACAGCAACCCGUUCCUGUACGUCAACUACACGAAAUACAUCGGAGAGGGCGACAUCCGGGUCGUAUCUGCCCACGAUAUGCGCUGCUUUGAUGGCGUGGACGGCGGCCUGGUUGAGAUUUUCCGGUUUCGACAAGAUCCCGACGAUACCGACAAGAAAAUCGUGGUGAAUCGAGCGGAGGAGCAGAAUCGACUGUGUGCUCGUGAUCACAAGUGGAGAACCGUGGAGCUCGCGCUGCGUCGUAAUGAUUGCGACUGUAUAGCGCAGACGAAAGUGGUGCGUCGCGUGUUCCAGCUCUGGAAGUGUACGACAGAAGCGUCCACUGCGACGUCCACCGUCUAUGACCCGAAGCGGUUUGGCUGGCCCCAAGUGCACAAUUCAGCUGCUCAGUGCGUGUUUCCAGGCACUCACGGCUCGAAACCGGUCGAUCUCAGUGCGCUAGUAGCUAAAGGAGGUAGCGGUGUGAAGUUCCAGACGGGGUGGACAGAGACGACAGCUGUAUACUCAUAUUCUGAGCUCCGAGCUCUAGUAGAGGCGAAGUACGCGGCUGAAACUGUCCCCGUGGACCCGUACGUGUACAAUUUGCACCAUGCGAUCGAGUUGAUCGAGACUUUCGGAGAGGAAACAACGGCGUUUGCGGGAUUUGUGUCUGGCUCUAGUGAGGGCAGUGACGAAGAUCUGAUAAGACUGGAUGCUUGUGCUUGCUCGCAGAUGCUCAAGUGUCCGAACGGAACCACAUCAGCUGCAGGGGCCGACGACAUUUACGACUGCGUGAAAACGGGAGACGAAGUGCUGCAGCGUAUUAGCCCCAUCCCGUUGACGAGUGCUCGACUGUUGAAUGGCUCGGACUUCCAGGACUUGACGGGAGUUGCAGGUCAAGGGCUGGGUAGUAUCGUUCUUGAGCCUUUCGAGGUGGCUGUGGUGACGAUCAACACGACUCAGUUAGAGCGCAAUCUCACGUACGGCGCCCACUACCAGAUCUCUGUGUAUCAAGACUGCAAGCCCUGUCCGCCUCAGUACAAGUGCGACUUGAGCGACGAGCCACCUGGCUGUGCGUAUCCAGACAACAACAACGUCACCGCCACUCGGCUGUACAAAAAUUGUCUGGAAAAACACGACGGGGAUAUCUUUGUCUGCAACAACAUGCCCUUCUUCUGCGAUCGUCGUGCUCUUCCUCUUGCUGAAGUUCUGAGAAGCGCAGCGGACAGUGGAAGCAACGCGACGGCAAACAUCGCAGGCUGCUGUUCAUGUGAACGCCAGGAAAUGCCCUACUACUUCGCUGACACUACGACGGACAGAGGCUUUGCCGACAACAAGCACGGAUACAUGCAGUUCAGUGUCGCUGCGCUAGAGCAGACGGAGAUCACGCUAGCUGUCGAGUUGGUCCACGGCCUGUACGUUCGCGACUUUGCCGAAGGAUUCACCGAGGAUCGAUUCGACCUGACCGUGUUCACUCCUGGACGCGCGGAUUUUUCCCCUUCAACGCCGUCGACCAACACGUUCCUCGCAGUCAUGCAACAAGAAGACAUGGACGAGUUAAUGCUGCCAUUGAACCUGCCUGAAGAGUACGUCCGAGUGGCUGGUACUUUCACGUACAAGCAGCAAGUGGCAAGUACGGUGCUCAUCAAUCGCAUGUCGGACAUCUUCGUUGGCGAUCCACAGCUACCGGGUAAGCGUGGAUACAUCCGCAAUACGGCGCAGAACAGCAUCGGUGAGUUGAUCAUGCCCGCGAACGCCAGUAACAGUACUGAUAACGUGGUCCCACCGACGGAGUAUUUCGGACUGUACCCGGUCCCGGAUCCACUGGAAACCAUGUUGCGUUCGGACUCGUGGUGGACUCAGGAGCUUGACGGAACUGAGUUCCUCGCUCUCCCGUACUUGCCCUACUUCUCGUCCUGCAGAGGCUUUGACUCGCACAUUUUCCUCUUUAAAAUGCUCGAGACACAUCCAGACUGUACGUUUGUAAGCUACGACCAGACUUUGGAGGUGGAUCAGUAUCCGUGGAGGAAGAAGCUCACUCCGAACGCCGAUCGAUGCGUGAUCGAGUACACCGCGGAGGUAGCAGCAACACAGUCACUCAUUUCGUCCAUCUCAUCUGCUGCGUCGACGUUGACGUCGAGCUCGGAUUCCUCAGCUUCUUCUACGACAUUCGAGACGUUCCAGCGUGGCGUGAGCUUGUCGUGUUUGUUUGAAGAAAACCUCGAGGGUGGAGCGGAGAAGCUGCGAUGGUACGAAGCGCCAGCGGGUACAACGCUGUUCUACAUCACUCGUGAGCCAACAGCAGCUGAUGCCUUCGUCGCGGAAGGGGAUGCCACUACAGGAACAGGUUGGGGACGCUCCGAUACCUUGCAGAGUUACUUGGGUACGGACGCUCUCAUUCCCGUCAAAGUUGGACGAGACGCUGGCGUAGCACUGGCAGUGCCGCAGGAAGUUUAUCUCAACUUGAGCUACUACCAAGUCACACCAGGGCAGAAAAGACUUGUACAAGCCUCCGUGAACUUCGGCGAGCUGUGCGCCGUGACUCGAUCAGUAGACUUGUUGGCUACGUUGGCCAAGAAGGACAUCUACCCGUGCAUUUUCAGUAAGGCGACGAACCUACUGGCGUCCAAAGAGUACACGCUGCAGGUGUCCUGGGAGCCUCUGAACUGGUUCAAACUCAUGAACCUGUUCCAGUUCACCGUGGACGUGUACUUGGGUUUCUUCACGCUUGUCGCCAUGGCCAGUAUGAUCCUCGGGUUUGUCAUCUGGAUGAUCAACCGUUUGUUCACCAAGAUGAAGAGGCCACCCAAGUUCCGCAUGAAGUUGCUGCUCAAAAAUGUGGCUACGCCACCUCCGAUCGGCGUUUUCUUCGCGAUCGUACCGAUCUUCGUAGCGUGCAUGCUCAUCUACACGUGGUGGCACGUCUUGGCUUCAUCAGACCCGCUCAAUUUUCCAAGUGCCGCGUCAUUUGAGGCUACGGCUGGUGACUGGCUCGAUCAGAUCUCGCUUGAUAAGAAACGAGUGGAGAACUACAGGCGCGGUCGGGUCGGGUUAUGCUUGGUAGUGAUCGGGAUCUACCUGCUACUACUCGGUUCGAGGUUACUGAUACCAGAGACUCUGGACGCCAAGCUUGAAGACAACGCGUACAGGGAGAUGUCCAUCACCACAUCCACAGAUCCGUUCACCGUCGAAGCGGAUAAAGCGGAGGGGGAAGAGGAAGAGAACGAGUUCUGGGACCCUCGAGCUUGGAAACGAGCCAACUUUCUGCUCACGACCGUGUGCUUCAUGGCGCCGAUGUUGGUCUUCUGGGAGUUCUCGUACUCUCCGUCGUUCACGAACAACAUUUACGGCUACCUCGUGCUCUUCAAGAUCUUGCGGGCGAUAAUGGAGUUGGUGUUGGAGCAUUUCUUGCACGAGAAGCUGUUGGUCAUGCCGUUCGCUGUGGUGUUGUCCGCUUCGGAAAGUAUGAUGGCCAUGGGAUCAGCAGAUUUCAUCGGCUUUACCAUGUUCUACUUCGUCAACUUGACGCUGGUGAUGAUUGAGCAUCUGUACACAGCGCCGCUACUACGUCGCUCGCGUGCUCUGUGGCCUAAAUGGCGUCUAUCGCUUCAACGGAGAAUGAGGAAGAGACGACGACGUACUCGCGAGCAGAAAGCUCUAGAAGAAGCCGAGUGGCAACGUGUAUGCGAGAAGAUCGACAGUCAGGCCUCAGGAGUGGAGGCUGUGCUUGAAGGAGUCGCAGGCUACAGUGUCGUGUUCACAGAGCUCUUCAUCGCGCCGAUCUUGCUGGCUUUCCAGGCCUUCUUCAGCGACGAUACGCAGAUGCCAGCGCUUUACGGUGUCCGACAGACGGAUCUGCUGUAUUAUGCCUUGUUCUCCUUGUUCAUCAUCCCCAGUAACUUCGUUCUUGGCGCGCUUCAGCUGAACACGAUGGAACUGGCGCAUGGAUGGAAGCUGUACGAGUACUCGGCAUAUCAGAGACACCGCUUCGCCACGCGAGACACUCGAUGGCCACUGGCUCACACGGCAGCAGACGAGAGCAUUCAUCCUAGCUGUCAAAGCCUGGAUUUGCUGUGCUUCUCGUCGCAGCUCUACUUCUUGCUGAUCAUUUACUCCGCUGGUAUUCUCUUGAGUAUGUUGGGGAUCUCGAUAUGUCUGCGAGCGAGCUACAGCUUCUUUGGAGACCCGAUCACGCUUCUUAUAAUCGCUGUGGUGUUUUACUUUAUGCGUGGACUGGAGAUCAGCUGCGUCCGGAUAGGAGACAAGUUCAUGGUGUGGAAGCCACGCAAACACGCUGAUGGCACAUUGGACGAAGAUCUCGCCGCAAAGCUUGCUCUGGGUGCUGGUCGACAACGAGAACUUGAACGUGAGCGAUUGGAGCUGCAAGCCCUCAACUCGGAGCGAUUCCGUCAUCGAUUCCUGGAACGCAAUCGGCCGUGGGUACUCCAACAUCUCGCAGAGCUCUUCACACCGCGAACACUGCAAUCGACCGACGGUCCGGCAGGUGAUGACCGCCCCAACGCGGAGUACAUCCGUGAUCUGUACCAUGAGCUGGUGAACAUGGGCGAAGGAAGGCGCCUCAAGGGCGACAGGUCCGACAUUUCCUCAGACUCGGAAGAUGAUCUUGAGAAAAUGCGCCGAGCGUGGUCAAACGUGCCGGUGGAAGGAGCCUCGCGUGACUUGGCGCUGUACUGGUUGUCACGAGCUCGUAAGCGACGAACUUUCGCCAAGCUCGUCGCUGGUAUCGUAGCUGCUAGUCGUCAAAGCGAAUGCUGCGUCUGUGGCAAACGCGAGGAUGGCGGCUACACGCUUCAUGUUGACCUGGCAGCACAAGACGGAGCAAAGGAGCAUGAUCCUCGUGCGUUCGAUCGACUCAUCCACGAGUUCGAGAACGAACUUGGAGAGCAGGAGAUGGACGCGGACCUGUGGAAGGCGUACUUCCGCAAGCACGCAGCCUUCGCCACGCUCUGCAACGUGUGUGUGACUGCCAGACAGCAGGCGAUCGGGAACCAAGCGAAUAAACUCGUGACUGGGGUGAAAAUCCGCGCCGACGAGUUCUCUAGUGACGAAGGCAGCGAUGAAGAUGGAGGCGAAGUGCCGUUCGCGCCAGUUGUUGUAGCGCGAGGAGCUAUUGAAGGUCGCGUGCUCACGAAGUGGCUGCUAGCUGCCAGAAAGCGCCUGGGUGGCGCCUUUCCACGACCUAAAGCUCAGGAAGAGAUGGAGCGCUAUGCACGCAAACUCAAACGCUCUCGUCGACGAGCCGGUAAGAAAGAUCACGUUGACUCGGACGAAGAAGAUAAGGACCCAUCGCGACAUUGGCGUCUGGAGCUGAACGGAGCUGCCAGAGCACUUGCCCUUCGCUGGUUGUGGGAAGCUCGCGAUCUUCGUGAUGCCGCAGCACGCAACGUCGCUGCUGAGCUGCGUGACAAACUGCAAGCACUUAUUGAUCAGAUCGUGGAAGCCGACGACUGGUUCUUCGGACGGGAGCUGCGAGAAGCUGGGCUUGCAUUGCGUGACGAUGGGGCUCAACUUGCAGAGGAGCAGGCUCGAGUUGACGAGGACUUAGCACAGAAGAUCCGAGCUACUGAACGAGACGUGGAGGCGUUCGUUGAGGAUAAGAGAUCAACAAAUGCUACAGAGGAGAAAGCUUUCAAUGAGCUCGUCGCUAAGGAGCGCGAAGAUACCAAAGCUCGCCUUGCUGCUCGUGAACUUGAGCUACUGGAAGCCUACAAACAGAAGGAGACAGAGUUCGCUGCUGCCCAACGUCAAGCUCGAGAGGCAGAAGAAUUAGUCCCUGCUUUGGUGGCUGAGCACCGCACAUACCUGGCAAAGAUAGCUGAAGACAGACGUACCGAACUGGAGUCCAUGGAGGAAACUGCGAGCGCGAAGACUCAGCAGAAAGAAGACGCGUUCGCUCGGAAGCUGGCUCUGGCUGAAGCUGCCGUGGCAAGUCGACGAGCUCUGGCCCAGCAUCGCAUCCUGGCGCUGCGUAAAGAAGCUCGUGGGGUUGUCCGCGCGCGGGAGUCUGCGUGGCAGUCGAAGGCGCGGUCCUGGAUAGACCGAGCCUCUCGCAAGGUACAGGUGAAGCAGCAAGAAGAUGCCGAAGCUCAGCUUAACGACAAGCGCCGCCGCAAACGCGUCCUGCUUGCCACAUGA